AUGAAGCGAUCCAGCUCCAAUAUUGGCGGCAAUUACCCCGGCAGUCAUGUCCGUUCCAUGUCGGGAUCUAGGCAAUCCCUUGCCAUGCCACGACCUAACCAGCCUCUGUUCCAACGCUCGUCAUCUGGAACUAAUCUUGCCGACCUUGGCCUUUCGUCGGUGAAGCGCUCUUCGUUUGCGCCUAAAGCCUCCGCCUUCACACCAAAUCCUACAACACGAGCUUCCACUGAUGGCGAUCGACGCAGCAGCGUGUACCGACCUCGUCAAUCUACCGCUCCUCCAACGACGCACCAGAGUUUCUUUCAAACUACACCUGCCCCAGCUGGUGUUCCCCGUGACCCUCGACCCCUGAAAGAUCGAUCUUUUCAAGCUCGUAUUGGACAAGAAAUUUUGGAAUACAUGGUUCAACACAACUUCGAAAUGGAGAUGAAGCAUGUUCUUUCGCAAAACGUGCUCAAAUCUCCGACGCAGAAGGACUUCAACUACAUGUUCCAGUGGCUCUAUCAUCGUAUAGACCCCAGCCAUAAGUUCCAGAAGAAUAUCGACCAGGAAGUGCCACCUCUACUCAAGCAAAUGCGAUAUCCUUUCGAAAGAAGUAUCACAAAGAGUCAGAUUGCUGCUGUCGGAGGUCAGAACUGGAGUACAUUCCUUGGCCUUCUUCACUGGAUGAUGCAACUAGCACAAAUGCUCGACGGCUAUGUGAACUGCCAAUACGAUGAGGCUUGUAUGGAGAGUGGCAUUGACGUUAGUGGCGACCGCAUCAUCUUUGACUUCCUCAGCAAUGGUUACCGGGAUUGGUUGGCUAUGGACGAGGAUAUGGGUGAUGAGGAGGCUGAACGUGUUUUGGCCCCUCAUGUUCAAUCCAUGGCAGCCGCCUUUGAGCGAUCAAACUCCAAAUACACAUCAGAACUCGAAAUGCUAGAAGCUGAAAACGCACGCCUUCUCAAGGAAAUCGAGGAUUUGGAAAAGUCAACACCCGACCCUGCAGUUCUCGAUAACCACUUCAAGAUUAUGGAGGAGGAUAAGAUCAAGUUUGAGGAGUACAAUGCCCUUGCGAUGCAAAGGUCCGAGAAGUACGAGAGCCGGUCUCAAGUCCUUCAGGAAGAGCUUGACAAACUCAUGGAAGAGCUUCAAGAGGCCGACGAGGAGCGACGAAGCCUACAAAAAGCUGUGGAUGCCCAAGGAAUCAGCAUGCAGGAUAUUGACCGCAUGACUGCAGAGCGGGAGCGAUUGCAGCGCGGCAUUGAAUCAGCUGGCCAACGACUGGAGGAAGUAAAGAAGAAGGUGACGGAGCGAGAGACUGAGGCGAGCCGAAAACUAGAUGAAUUGGAGCAAAUGGUGGAUCGAUACAACACAAUGGCAUAUCAGAUUGCACUGAUCCCUUCGACGGCAGCCAAUGCCAAGGGCAGGGAGUUUGAGCUCCAGGUCAUGGUGGCCGAUAGCUCGGAUUACACUUCUACCAACUUGAAGGGAUCAUCAGGCCCAUCAUCUGCGGACCGUCUCCUUGUUGACGCCACCACUGGAUAUCAAGCUGGUCAUAUUCUUAACUUGGACCUUCGCGGACAAAUCCGAAACAGUUUCCUAUCGCUGCGCAAGGAAAUCUCGGAUCGCCGAGCAGCAGCGAUGGAAGAAAUGAUGAAGGAUCACGAUUUGCUUGAUGGCAUCAAGGAGGCCAUCGAAGAUAGGCGCAGUGAAGUGGAGGCACUCAACCACCGUGUUCGAGCAGCAGAAGAGGAGUAUGAAAGAACGAAAGAGGUGUCGACAGCACAGAAGAUGGCCUCUGACGCACAUAUUGAGAAGAUGGAGAAAGAACUGUCGCGUAUGCGAGCUGGCUUGUCUGAAAACGUGCAAAUUCUGGAGCAGCGUGAGAUCAACACAACAAUUGAAUACGAGCAACUUGUGCUUCAGGCCAACGCUCUCCGAGAAGAGCUUCACACCGAGAUUGACAGAAUGCUCAACGAUGUCAUCAAAUUCAAAAUUCAUGUUCAAAAGAACCUCGAUGACUACGAGGGCUUUGUAGCAGACGAGCUCGAGAAGGAGCUCGGUAGUGACGAGAUGGGUGAGGAGACUCGACAGAUGGAUAUCAUGGCAAGCAUGGGCACCACAUGGCGACGACAAGGAUGGUCAGCACCUUGUCAGGGGGUUCCCGAAGAUACCAGCAGGGGUAGCCAGCUCGAUGACUGCAAUGAUUCUCCGAAGCCUCCGGUUUGGGACAUAGCUGCCACAUGCCGCCCUCCGGAGCUGGCUACAAGGAAUGCACCUGGCUCAUCUGGAGGAUCUAUCGCCUCUAGCACUGCCGUAUCCAAAAUACCCGGUCGAUCAGCUCUUCCAGAUGAAGCUGUUUCCAACCCUCACCAUCUCCUCAAGCGUGGCUCUCUAGUGGGCUUCAAGAAUCCUUAUCCUUCACAUGCAUACAGUCCCAACUUCGGUACCAUGGUGCGAAGAGUCUGGUGGCCUACUUUCACUGGCGACAUGAAGCACCCCGAUUUGACUCCCCCAACUGUGCCAGUGGUAAAGCCGCAAUGGAAUACCGAGCGCGAAACUAGCGAUAGGAUCCGCGCAACAUGGCUAGGACACGCUUGCUACUAUGUCGAAUUCCCUUCUGGCCUGCGCGUUCUCUUCGACCCUGUCUUCGAGGACCGAUGUUCCCCAUUCGACUUCAUGGGACCAAAGCGAUAUACGCCCAAGCCAUGCGAUAUCAAAGAUAUUCCAAUCAUCGACGCCGUUUGCAUUAGCCAUUCCCAUUACGAUCACCUUUCACAUUCUUCCAUUCUCGAGGUUCAGAAAUACCAUCCAGACGCACAAUUCUUCGUUGGUCUGGGUCUGGAGACAUGGUUUCGCAAGUCCGGCAUCAACCAUGUUACUGAGCUCGAUUGGUGGGAGGAUGCCGACCUCACUGUCACAGUCAAGGAUGGAGACAGUCCCCGCGAGAUCAGCGCCAGGAUAAUGGCUUUGCCGUGUCAGCACGGUUCGGCGCGAACCAUGUGGGAUCGUGACACUACCCUAUGGUGCUCGUGGGGUGUUCGAUCUGGGGAGAAGUCGGUUUGGUUUGGUGGCGACACGGGCUACCGAUCAGUCCCAAGUCUCCCUCCUGGAACCGAUGACUACAGUGCCGAGUAUGAUCAUCUUCCGAGAUGCCCUCAGUUCAAACAGAUUGGCGAAUUCCGGGGACCUUUUGACCUUGGCUUGAUUCCAAUUGGUGCCUAUCAUCCGCGUGUGGCAUUCUCGCCUGUGCAUGCGGACCCGGCAGACGCCGUCGAGAUCUUCCGCGACACGCAAUGCAAGCGUGCAAUGGGAAUUCAUUGGGGCACGUGGGCGCUCACGUUGGAGGAAGUUCUGGAACCACCCAAGAUGCUGAAGACGGCUCUACGAAAGAGAGGCCUACCCGAGGUGGGUGUAUUUGAUGUUUGCGAUAUUGGUGAAGCUCGGGAAUUCUAG